AUCUCGGAAUGUCAUCGUCAUCUUCAAUGGGAUCGGGGCCAUCGGAACCACCGCCACUGAAACUCAUAUGGAGGCAGACGGCAGCCAAUCUUGGAGGGUCAAUAUUUGACAGUGAAGCUGUCCCUCCUUCUCUUGCUGAAAUUGCACCCAUUCUUCGUGUUGCUAAUGAAGUUGAAAAGACUCAUCCUAGAGUUGCUUAUUUAUGUCGCUUUUAUGCUUUUGAGAAAGCUCACAGGUUGGACUGUACUUCAAGUGGCUGUGGUGUUCGCCAAUUCAAAUCCGCCUUUCUACAACACCUUGAAAGAGAAAAUGAUCAAACUUUGAAGGGAAGGGUAAUGAAAAGUGAUGCACUUGAGAUGCAAAGUUCUUAUCCAUAUUACUACCAAAAAUAUAUCCAAGCUUCACAUAACACUGCUGAUAAAGCUGACCGGGGACAACUUAACAAGGCAUAUGAGACUGCUAAUGUUCUUUUUGAGGUUUUGAAGGCUGUUCAUGAACCAAUCUAUAUAUAGAAGUUGAUCGCGAGGCUGAAGAUUCUGUUCAAGGUUAAUGUUGAUUUGAGGAAGAACUUUGAAGAUCAUGUUUGGUGGGAGAGCGUUCAAGAUUUUCUUGUAUGGAAGGAGAGAGUAUCAAAUGUGGGAAUGAACCAUAGCAACAUUAUUGGGUGACUCUUAUGUUCCAAAACAAUGUGAUAUUAUUGGCAACUUAAAGUACUUAUAACGUUUUUUAAUUAGU